GGGUUCAAGCAAUUCUCCUGCUUCAGCCUCUCCAGUAGCUGGGAUUGCAGGCACGCACCACCUAAUUUUGUAUUUUUAGUAGAGAUGGGGUUUUACCUCAUGGACCAGGAUGGUCUCGAUCUCUUGACCUCGUGAUCCACCCGCCUCGGCCUCCCAUAGUGCUGGGAUUACAGGCGUGAGCCACCGUGCCCAGCUUAGUUUUUAAGUUAGUAAUGAGAAGUGAGAGGCCGGGCAUGGUGGCUCACACCUGUAAUCCAGGCACUUUGGUGGCCAAGGUGGGCAGAUCGCCUGAGGUCGGGAGUUCAAGUUCAAGAGAAGUGAGAAAGUACUAUUAUCACUCUUUUUUUGUUUUGUUUUGUUUGAGUCGGAGUUUCGCUCUUGUUACCCAGACUGGAAUGCAAUGGCACGAUCCUGGCUCACCGCAACCUCCUCCGCCUCCUGGGUUCAAGCAAUUCUCCUGCCUCAGCCUCCUGAGUAGCUGGGAUUACAGUGAAGCAAAUAAGCAACAUGUAAGAUGUCAGAAAUGCCUGGAAUUUGGACAUUGGACUUAUGAAUGCACAGGAAAAAGAAAAUACCUACAUAGGCCCUCAAGGACAGCAGAACUAAAAAAAGCUUUAAAAGAAAAAGAAAACAGAUUAUUAUUACAACAAAGGAGUUUUUCCCCCUUCAUGUUUAUCAGCAUUGGAGAGACCACUGUAGAAAGAAAGACCAAGAAAAAAAGGUCUAAGAGUGUAACCAGUUCAAGUAGCAGUAGCAAUGGCAGUUCAGCCAGUGAUUCUUCAUCAGAAAGUGAAGAAACAUCUACCUCAUCCUCCUCAGAGGACAGUGACACUGAUGAAAGCUCCUCUAGUUCCUCAUCCUCAGCCUCCUCCACAACCUCAUCCUCCUCCUCUGAUUCAGACUCAGAUUCCAGUUCUUCUAGUAGCAGCAGCACCAGCAUGGAUAGCAGCUCUGAGGAUGAACCACCAAAGAAGAAGAAAAAGAAAUAGUUGUUCCAUCCAUAUUGGACUGAUGGACCGAAAACAUUAAUGUGAUUCUUGAAAGGGAAUUUAGAAUAUGUUAAGGCCAAAUAGGUUAACUGGUGAAAAUUUUUAGAAUUCAAAAGUUUCUAAAUGUUUUAUAUUGCAAGAGCAUAAAGAGUAUUAAUAAUGAAUUAUAUAUAGAGAGAGACUUUUUUAUUUGAAGGGUGAAUCCUGUUUUUCAUUUUUUUCUUUAAAAUAUCUCUCUAGAACUUAAAGCUGAAAUCUCCAAAUCUGUUUGUGUGAUGAAACUAUCUUUUCUUUCUGUGAAAUAAAUGCCAUACUUUGUUAUAUAUGUUAGUGGUAUAUACCAGACAUAUUUUCAGGAUGGUGCAUCAGAAUAUUUGGCAGUGAAUUUCUAAUGCUUUUGGCUAUGAAUUAUGUAAGAUUUAAUAUAUUGUUACUGUAAGCAUAGGAGUUUUCCUAUUGUUAAUAAAUGUGCUCUAUUUUUACAUUUAUGUUCAGAAAGUUAUUCUGACUUUUUGUCCUAAGUGGUAUGUUCAAGGAGCCUAUUAAUAUAUUUAUAGUUUUUGAAUGCUACAAGUUUCAAGUUGCUGUGUUACAUCAUUCAUUUUCUUCUGGUUCCUUAAGUUUUUCAAGUUAUCCUUUUAUAAGGAAAAUUUUUCUAGAGGAACCUAAAAAGGGAGAAAAAAUCUGAAACUACUUAGGAGUGUAAUCUUGGUGCCUUCCGAUAGUCAGUGUAUCAGUAAAGAAAGCAGCCAUGUAAGAGGCUAACUUAAGCAGAAGUACUAGAAAUAUCUUCGUGUAUUAACAUGCAAUAAAAGGUACCAUUCAAAGCAGGGGAAAGGUAGGAGGAAGAGGUAAUUUUUACUGCAAAUUAGGGCAGCCUUGGUCACCUUUUAUUAAAAGCUUUUUUAAGCUUUCAUAAAGAUUGCCUUUUGUUAUUUUUGCAAUUAUUAUAGUAUAGUUUAUAUGCUAACUAGUCAUUUAACAGUCUAGUGCAUAAAUAUGAAUGACUAGGAUUAAUCUGGUGUGGUUACAUAGGAUAUACAUAGUUGAAAUCUAGCAUGAAAGGCUAAAAAGAAAAUGCUGCACAAUAUUUCUUUAAAAAUAAAAUGUUACUGAGGCAAGAGUCUUUGGUUUAACAUCACAGUAUUCUGUGAUGUCUUUUUAACUUUUUGGAAAGAGGUAUCAUUUGUAGAAAAAUUUUGAUUUGGGUUAAAUACAGGUUUUUAAAACUAUAAAUGUCUUUUAUAUUUUUAUGAAAAAGCAGUGGAAAAUUACUUUUGAAGAAAAUUAGCUAUUUAAAUAUUAAAAUAUACGUAUGUUGUGAGUUUAGGGAACCUGUAAUUACUUGUCGGUUUUACAAAACCAUCUGUGUUCAGUGGUUGUAAAUAAAUUCUCAAAACAAUUUCAAAAGCUGCCUACAGAAUAUUAUCACUUGACAGAUAAAGUUAAUAAAUUACCAAUCAGGCACAUUUGAUAAUGUUUGUCUCUGUAAAGGUAAUGUGAGCAGUUAAAGAACAUGGAUGAGAAAAGAAUGUGUUAACAUAGGUUGCAUCACUUGCAGUUAAAUAAAACUCAACAAUUUGUGCUCACAAGCUU